CGAACACGUAUGUACAAUAUGAACACGUAAGUAUAUAAACCAUACAAUACAAACACGUCCGUAUAUAAAUGAUUUAUAAUUUUCAUUUUUCGUAUAAAUAGCCGUACGCCGUUUGAAAAUGCAUUAAUGAUUAGACAAGCAUAAGUAACGAAUAAUUGUUCGUACACGAUUUAUUACGCAUACGUUUUAUCGGUCUUUUAAAAAAUAAGGUAUAAUUUGUCUUUCGAUUGUUGGUUUUGUUUUAGCAUACAGACUGUCGCAGUUAUUAUAAUAUUUUAAAUCCACGAGAGAUUUAUUGGAGUGAAAAUGGUUUGUGCUAUUCAUUCGAAAACCAAUAUGAUUUAUAUUACUUUUAUAAUAUUAUAUAUUAUCACGAUUGAAGAAGUGUAUUGCGGUAAGUACAAGAAUAUUUUUUAUCUAUUUCUCAGUACUUUAUUGUGUUUUAAUAUUAUAUAAAUAAUACGCUUGAAGACAGUGUAAAAUUCAAUUUACGAUAUUUUUUUAUGUUCAGAGCGUAGCGAGGUAUUUAUUGGUUUUAAUAUGAUGUGUGUCUUUGUGUAGGUAAUUUUUCGAAGAAUACAAAAAUCAUUAAAAAAUUAGGAAAUCCUUUUAUAUUACUGAGAAGUAACAAAAACAAUUUAAAUUAAUUUAAAACUCAAAAUUGUAAUCAAUUCGCAUUUUACAUGAAAAUUAAUUUUUCUUAAUGAUAAAAAUAUUUGUUAACUUCAACAUUUUUUUUUAAAUCUAACGACUCACCAUUAGUAAAUAAUUGCAAUUCAAGAAUUUAAUUUCAAAAUAUAUUUAUUAAAUGGCUAUUAAAAAUAAUUAUUUUAAAAAUUUAAAUUUAUUAUUUUUAGUUUAAAAAAAUAAAAUAUAUUAAGGAAUAUAAUAAUAAUAAAGGAAUAAUAAUUAAGGAAUCGUAUAACAAAACUGUAUUAGUUAUUAAACAAACAACAAAUUUUAAAUAUUGAAUAAAAAAAUAGACAUUAGACAUUUUGAAUCUCCUCGGUCCAAGUUGACUUGCCGAAUCCGUGCGUUGGAUUCGGCAGGUCAACCUGAUCCAAAUUGCGCCAUUGUGCGUGCAUAUUAGUGAGUUUGUUCAAUUCUAUCAUGACCUCCAGCUUAACGUAGAUUAAGGUAGUUACAUUGCGGAACGUUUGGUGUGACGCCAUCGCUGCAAGAAUAUUCUUGAAUGUUCUAAAUGCCUCCUUGUCAAUAUAAAGAGGCCAUACAUUGUUCGGACGAUAAUACAAAGUGCUACCUUGUUGGGCGACAUAGCAAAUAAAAAUAAAAAGUUUAGUUGCAUACCUUCAUGCCGUUAUCCAGAAAGAUAAUCUAUCGGCUUAAUUUCUUAUUGCACCGUGAAUACAAGUAGUACUUCUGUUUUAAAUUGCUGGACACCUUGAUUCCAUUGCUAAAUUUCCAGUUGUUGGUUACUAUACAACAAUUUUAUUAGAUGACUUAUUGUUUAUAAUGGAUUAUUCAAAACUAUGUGCCUAGGGUUAUACUUAGGCUAACUCCGGCCCUGAAUAACAGUUUCAGGUUGCAUUCGAAUAGUUCAUAUAUAACCAUACUGAUAAAGGCCAGUGUCAGAAAAUUUGAAACACGUAAUUUUGUAGUUAUAAUUUUGUUUCCUAGUAUUACAGUAUUAUUAUUAUCGCCAAUUCGGUAUGAUUUUCAUGAUUAUAUACUUGUAUUGUGUUUAGUUUAGUGAGCUUUGACAUUUGUAAUUAAUAUUAUUUUGUUUUUAUUGGGAAAUUAUAGUUUAAAAAUCGAAAUAAUAGGUACAAACAAUAAUUGUCUAAAGUUGUUCUCAAAAUAUAUUGUUAGUCUAUUAUUAUAAACGUAACGAACGUACGAGACGAUCGGUCGUAUUAACUAUCAACAUAAAAUAUUAUUAUAAUGACAAAAUAUCAGUCACAAACUACUCUAGCUCUUAAUAUCAAUUAUAUUAUCAAUAAAUUAUAGAGUUUUUGAACCUUUUGAGGUUCGUGCAAUUAUUAAAAAUAAAAUCUUCGUUCAAUUUUUAAAUAUCUAGUUAAUGUUAAUAUCAUUUUCAUAACAUAUUAAUAAUAUACGUAUUAUGUAUAUAUUUUUUAUAUUAGAUUAUAAGAUGUUAUAUUUCUUGUAUAUUUACAGAUGUCAAAGAUGUUAACGGUGAGAAUCAAUGAUAAUAAAUUUAAGUAACUGGUUUAGAUUAUAAUACUUUUAUUUCAUUAUUCCUUAUUAAAUAUGAAUUAUUCUUAUGAUAUAGAACGUAGAUUUACCAUUCCGUUGCAGUCAUGAUAUGGACACUCUUAUUUACUGUAAAAUAAAAAUCGACAUAGUAAAUAACCAUAGCUACUUUUUUUGAAAUAUACCAUUUACUUAACAAUAAAUUAAAUGUUUAAAAAAUAUCUUCGAAAAAUAGUCAUUUUAAUAAAGGUGUCAACAUUUAUAUUACAGUGAAUCAGUGUCCUGUAAGCUACAAAUACUGAAAUUAAUUUAGUCACGAUGUAAAUUGUUUUAAUUGUUUUGUUAAUUAUAACUUAAAAAUGCUAUAAAUAUAUAUUUAUGUAUACAUAUAUUUUUUUUUAGAUAUAUGUUUGAGUGAGUUAUUUUAUUUUAUUUUUAUAAAAUCUUACUAUAAGAGGGAUUUAGAAUAUUCUCACGGUAUUUCUAUCAGUCGUAAGAGGCAACAAAUAAUGUUUCGUCAAGUUGACAACUGGUGUAAUAUUCGUAGGUGAGAGUAGGUAUCAUGAUACAAAAUAUUUUGCUAAUUUUGAUAGACGAAAAUCUGGAACAAGUUAUCAAUAGACCUGAAGAAUUAAGAGUAGCAUUUGAAAGAAAGAACCUAACAAUAAGUAGAAGUAAAACAAAUAAUAUAGAGCGUGAAUUUAAAGGAACAGGACAAAAAAACUAACGACAAUAGGACGUAAUAUCCGAGGUUUAGAGUUUUAACUUUUAGCCAGAAUUGACCGCUCCUGUUUCAUCCAAACAUAUUUUAGUUAUUCUAAAAUUAAGUUAACUAUAUUUUUUGAACACUAUUUGAAAUACAUAAAUAUGUAUUUAAAAAUGAAUAUCACAAAUUAUUAUUUCAUCCAAAUUUGUAGCGUUAAAAUUUCUAAUAAAAGAAAAGAAAACAAAAAUAAGUGAAAGACAGGAAUAUCAUGAAUAGCGUAUACUUUUAUAUAGAACCAUGGACUGAUCCAAGGGGGCUUAGAAUCACAGGCCCCCAGACAUAUUAUCAUUCCAAUCAAAUUAGUAUAAUUCUUUAGAUCCUGAUUACUAUAUUUCAGUUACAGAUAUGUGUAAUAAUAUAAUAUACAUCUAUGGACUGUGAUUCCAAUAUUGUAAUUUUAUAAUUAUGUGUUAAUUGUUGACACCACAAUAGUGCGCCACGUCGCCACCAAAGUUGGUCCUGUAAAAUCACAAAUAUAUUGUAGUUGAUUAAAACUAUUAUGGAACUAUAAUUAGAACUAUUGAGACAUUGUAAUUGGAUAUGUGUUGUAAAAAUAUGUUUGCCCCCCUCAGAUCUUUGCUCAGGAUCUGUGCCUAUAAAGAACUAGUGAAAUGACUAGGUAUAAGUUUGUAUAAAUGUUUAGACAUUUUAAAAAAUAAUGUUUUGUAUUUUGUGAUAAUUUUUAAUAAACAAUUAUUUAUAAUGAUUUGUACUGUAACUAAUUAUGUAUAAUUUAAUAAGAAAUUUUUAAAUGUAUUUAGUAUAGCAUUUUUGUACAGACAAGAAGUGACAAAUUUUUAUAAAAUAAUAAAUAAUUUUUUAUGAUAGGUAUACAAUGUAAAAUAAUUUUCUAUGAGUUUCAACUAUUAUUCAAAAACGGUAACCAACUUAAUUUUGAAAUAACUUUAGUGUAUUUGGGCGGGAUGUUAAAAGUCGAGUUUUGGUGAAACGGGUCACGCCAGGAAGAUCGAGUGAAGUGGAAGUUUAGGACGACGGUGGUCAGUCCAAAAUAAUUGAAUAGAUGUGAUGAAGGCAAAGUAGAGGUAGAUUUAUUUAUAUGUAAUAGUCUAAAAUUAUUAUGAUCUUACAAUAAGCAAAUAAGGUAAAUUAUAUUUUCUGGUAAGCCAAUUUUUUUUUUUGAAAAUGUGUUCAUUUUCCAAACAGGUUCAUUUCAUCAAAAUUAUAAUAUUUACAAUAAUAUAAUAUAAUUAUUAAUUAAUAAUAUUAAAAAUAGUUUGUAAAAAUAUUUUUGUUAUACACAAUAAUAAUUAAAUUACCCAAUUAUUUAUUAUAAUCAAUGACGAGAAUAUUUAAACAGAAUUAUAAAAAUGGCUGAUGAUAAUUGUUUAUUUAACAGGCAACAUUAAGAAUGAUUUAGAUAGUAAGUUGUACACAAUUGUUUAUCACAAAUCAUCCUCCAAUAUAUAAAGUGUAACACUUUUUCUGAAAAGAAAUUUAAUAUAGUUAGUUCAUGAAAGAGGUCGUCUUUUGAUUUCCCAAAUUUAUUUCAAAAUUAUUAGUAUAAAUCGGGAAAAACUUCGAAAUAAAUGGAUAGGUAUUUAAAAAAUAACUAUUUCAAGAUUAUUGAAAUGUUUGUACUUAUGUUUCUACUAUAAAUCUAGUAUUAUUCAAAAUAUGAGAAUAGACAUUUUUUCUGAAAUUUUGAAUCUAGUUGCUCAUGGUGAAAUAAAUUUUUUGAUUUUUCUAUUUAUGGAUAUAUUUGAAUCGGAAGAUCGCCUCUAUUCUUGGUCGUGCAUGUUUGAAAUUUGAACUAAUUUUAUAUUAUGUGACUCGUUUUAACAAAUAUUAUGUACCACAAUAUUUAGUGUACCAAAUAUGUAUGUAAUAUAUUGUAAUUUAAUUCAAUUAGAAAAAAAAUCACUGUAAAACAAAGUGAACAAGUUUAAUAUAGAUUCUAGUUAUUAAGUAUCUCGUUUAUGUCCAGCAUCACAAAGUUGUGACAUAAUUUGUGAUGUUAAAUAUAAUUUUCGGUUCACUUAACGAGUGCAUAGUAAUACAAAUUACUUACCUAUUAUUUUGCAAUUAUAAAAUAUAAGUAUUCGUAUAAUGGUAUUUACAUAAGUAUAAAAAUACCUGUCAUAUUGACAAUAUUGUCCUUAUCAAAGAAAUCGAAAUAAAUCAAUUGAUUUUUUUAUUGUCACGGACAUUCUUCAGCCAAAAUAUUCUUUUUUCUUCGAUUUUUUUCUAGUUAUAUAAGCUGGAGUAUUUUGUAUCCCUGAUUAUUCCUCAUGAUAUGUCCCACGUAUUCUAGCUUUUUAUCUUCUAUUGGUGUUAAAAGUUCUUUCUUUUUUUCCAUCCUUUCCAGUACACUUUGAAAUGUAAAACAAUUAGUCCAUAAAAUGUUCAGCAUUCAUCUAUAUAACCCCAUCUCAAAAGCUUCAAUUUUCCUAAAGGUUUACUCUGUUAGUAUCCAGGUUUCUACUCCAUAUAGUAAUAUAGAGAAUACAUAACGCCUUAAGAGUCCAAUUUUUGUACCAAAAGAUAGAUCGUAACACUUGAAUACUUCCGACAUUUUACAAAAAUUGCCCCUAGUUCUAUCAAAUUUUACAUUUUAUUUCUAAUGCAAAAUUCCAAUCAUAAUUUAUUAUCACUCCGAAAUAACUAAAUUGUUUACUUGUUCUAUAUGUUGAUUUAUAAUUAUCAAAUGUUUUCCUAAGUUAUAAUUCUUUGGUGCUAUCAUAAACUUUGUUUUCUUUAUAUUUAAAGUCAAACUAUAUUUCUUACUGAUCUCUAAUACUCUGUCCACUUUGUAUUAUAAUGCAUCAAUGUUAUUUUUAAAAAUCACUGUAUCAACAGCCUACAUGAUGAUAUUAAGACAUUAUCCAUCAGUUACUUUAAUGCCAUCUUUAACUCGGAAUUCAGCUUAACAGAAGAUAAACUCCGUGUAUAUAUUGAAUACAGUGAUGUCAAACACAGCCCUGCUUUACUACAUGCUUAAUGGAUACACUCUCAGAGAGUUCUCCAUCAAUACGUAUGGCUGCUGUUUGAUUCUAAUACAGAUUAUUUAUUAUUCUCAAAUCGUCUUUAUCAACUCCUACUAUAUUUAGGAUGUCUAUUACUUUAUCAUGUUUUACUUUAUCAAACGUCCUUCGGUAAUCAAUAAAAAACAUUUAUUAUUUAUUCUGAUUAACAUAUCUUUCCUAGCUCUUUGAAAUAAUACUCAUAGGCAAAAUAGCCUGUCUUGUACCCAUAGCAUUUCUGAAACCAAAUUGUAUGCCGCUCAUCUGUUCUUCGAAUGUUCUAAAGAUCCUCUGAUGAGAAUUUUAAAAAAAUAGUUUUAUUAAGUGGCUCAUAAGACUUAUAGUACGAAGAUUGUCAUAAUAAAUGUUAUGAGCACUUGGCUUUUUUGGCAAUAUUACACAUGUAGUUUUUAACCAUAUUUGAGGUAUUUCACCAGAAGCAUAUUAAAUUCUAUUGAAUAAUUUAGUGACCCAUGAUAUACCUUUCACAUCUAUUAAUUUUAAAAAUUCACCAUUUAUAUUAUCAGGACCCGGGAAAUUUUCCUAUUUAAUUUUGGACAUUGCUCUUUCUACUUCUUAAAUCAUUGUCGUUAAGUUGUUUAUCUGACCGAAACUCUGGUAACCUUCCUGGUCUACUUGUAUCUUCAUAGAGUUGUUCAAUCUUAUCUCUCCAAAUAUUCAUUUUCUCUUUUUGGUCUACGAUAGUUUUGUCGUUUUCAUCACGCAAUCUCCCCUAUACACCCCACCUACUUAUUUUACCUAUAUUUUUUCAAAUUUAUAAUUAUAUACAUUGAUUUUUCAUUUAUUUUUCCUUCGCAAAAUGUAUUUCCCUUUUUUUUAUUUUAUAGAUAACAUUAUUUAUGUCUAGAUCAUUCUUCAAUGUUCUUUCUUCCAUCAUUUGCAGAAUAUUCUCUGUCAUUCAUUUCUUUCCUUUAUUAUUACUUAUUUCUAAGUUGUCUUUGUUAAUGUCAUCAAAAUCUUUGUCAUUUUCUGAAGUAUCUCCAUACUUCAGAAAAUAACAUUACUCUACAUUAUUGUUUUCCUUUUCUAAAACUCUGUAAACGUUCUCAGUAUUUUUUGAAAUUUGUUCACGUGUUUUAUUUUCAUUUAACUUUUUCAUAUCCAGUUUCUUCUUUUACUGUUUUUUAACACAAUUUUUUAAUCUUAUUCUUAAACUACAAACUAAUGAAUUCUGAUUAAAUUUAAUAUCAGCAACAGAAUAUAUUUUGACUCAUAGAAAUAUAUUUCUAAACCGAUUUUUAAUAAACAUGUAAUCAAUCUGAUUCCGAACUAUGUCACUCGGUUGAUCUUUUGAUGAUUUCCUUUUAUAUAAGCUUCUUGACGGUUAUUUUAAAGUGGUGUUUAGGACAACUAGGUCUUUUUUCUCUACGGAAAUCUUCAUUCUGUCUCCACAUUCAUUCCUAACACCCAUACCAUGAUCUUCAAUGAGAUCGCAAUGAUAAUCAUUGCAUGUUUCCUAAUUUAUUUUUAUAAUAUUUGAUAUUGUUUGAUAAAAUUGUUUUAUCUUAUCAUCAUCUGCAUCAAAAGUAGGGACAUAUAUUUGAACCAGAUUUAUAUUUACUGGAUUUUCGCUUAGUUGAAUAACAGCUAUUCUUUCUGAUAUUGGUACAAAAUUUGUAACAUGUUUUUGCGUUCACAUAAAAAUAUAAAUCCUACUCCGUAUAUAAGAUAAUAUUCCUUAUUGCCAGCAUAAUAUACUCAAUGACUUUCUAUAUUACAUUGUCUAUUAACUGGUGAUCUUAUCUCACUUAUACCCAUUACGUUUAUGUUUAAUCUAUUUAUAUCAGCUAUUAUACACAGUGAUUUUUCUUAUUAUGAACCAGUAGUUAUCUCACAAAAUUUUAAGUGAAUUUCAUUUCUUUUUUUUUCUAAUCGUUAUAGAAACGUUUAAGAGGACGUGAUGCACCCAAUGCUGUUGGUGUACAACGCACGAAAGAUGGCGUAGCACACAGCAUCUCAACCGUUCCGAUAAAAUUAUUUAUCAACAAUUUUACAUAGAAAAACAGUUUUACGCAUAACAAAACUAUUCUUUUAAUAAUUAUGAUAAUUUUUUUUUUUUUGUUUUAAUAAGAAAAAAAUCAUCUGUAACGUAGCGUUUUACAUUUUCCAAUAAUUUAUCUCAAAAAUUUUAUAUUUAUAAACAGGAGGCUUGGAAUAUUUACAAACUUUAAAAAUUAAUAUUUUUAAAAAUGUUUGUACUAUCUAAAAAAUAAAAAAAACUACAUCAUAUCUAAAGUUCUCCUUAUUAAAAAAAAAAAAAUUUUCGAUCCUUCAUAAUAAUUAACAAAGUGAUUCUGUUACUCGACAACUACAUUUUUACUCUGAAAUCACAUCUUCUUAAGCUUUAUUUUAAAACUAUUUUUUAAUUUUUUAAUCCUACUUGAUAUACUUUAAAUAAUUCCAUUAUUUUGAUUUUAAAAUAUGAAACUCUCCCUUUAGAUCACAAACUUGAAAAGAGAAUAUUUGUCUAGAAAUUUUGAUGUGUAUAACACAAAUAUCAGAUUUAUCGUUAAUGAGUUAUAACAAUUUUAAUCAGAGAAGUAAGGAAGGGUUAGAGAUUUAUUUCCUUCUGUACUUCUCCGAUUGAAACUUUAAACUGUUAUAACUCAUAAACGGUUCAUCUGAAACACUCGUAUAUAUUUUUUUUUUUAUAAGAAUUUUAACACCAAAUUAUCAAAUAUUGAUGAUUAUCGUAAAUAUUACAGCUUUUUAAAACAUAUAUAACCAAACUCUACUUAGAAUUGUUGUUUGCUAUCAAUGUUUUUUUAUUGCGUACAGAUGUACAUUAAAUUCCCCUCUAAAUCCUACCUUUCCAACUUCUCAACUACAGAAGUAGCCCACCCAUUGUGGAAAUAUGUCCAUCUUUUCUCUUAUUUUAAUAAUAUUAAGAUCUAGUUUUGUUGAACCAAUAAUAAUUACGACAUUUCAAAUCAUGUAUAACCAAACCGUUCAGAACUAUUUUUUGUUAUCAAUAGUUUAUCAUUACUUACAAAUAUAAAUCAGAUACUUUUUUAUAUCUGACCUUAGAACUUUAUUUUCUUAAUAGAUAAAUUAAUAACCUUAACAAUGUUAAGUUGUGUUAUUGCAUCGAUUGGCUUGUUUUUAUAUACUCUUACUUGUGUCUCGUCAUCGGUGCGUUAAUUUAGUAAAUAUUGGUCUACUUUCCUAUAUAGCCUUCACUCAACUUUGUUUAUUCUGUUAAAUUUCUUAAACUACUCAUAUUAUGCCACCCGUUUUAAUAAAUAUUAUUUAGGUACCACAGUGUUUAAUGUACCUAAUGUGUAUAUAAUAUAAUGUAAUUCAUUUCAAUUAGAAAAAAAAAUCACUAUAAAGAAAUAUAAAAAAAAAUAAAUCAAAAAAUCGUUUAAUACAGUUACCAGUUAUUACGUAUCUCGUUUGUGUCAGCACCAUAAAGUUGUGAUAUAAUUUGUGAUGCUAAAUAAAAUAUUCGAUUUACUUGGCGAGUACAUAUUUAUACAUUUACUUAACUAUUAUUCUGCAAUUAUAAUGUAUAUGUAUAAUAGUGUUCACAUAAAUAUAAAACAACUUUAAAUACUUCAAAUUACCUUACAUACUGUUAGAACAACUGUUUAGCAAAAUUGUGUUUUGUUCUAUCUAUUAUAUGCAUUAUGUAUUCAAUAAGUAAAUCAAAAAUUUUACUUAUCACCAAAAAUGAUAACACUAUUUUAUGAUAAUGAACAUUUACGAGAUAUUUACGUCUUAACUGAUAACUAUAUUAAAUGGUUUUUUUACACGUAGCUAGCAAAGUAUUUUUGUUGUGAUUAUUAUUAUAUUCACUAAUAGAUGAAACUGGUAUAAUAAUAUCAGCCCAGUGUUUUUUGUUCAACCAUUAAUGUAACGAAUAUUUUAUUGCAUUGGUAUUAUUAGCUAAAUAUAUAAUUAAUUAUGUGAAAUAGAUUGUUCAGAUGCUGACGAUUGUGCCCAAAAAUUAUUUAACACCAAUAAAGGUCAGUGUACUUUAUUAGAAAAUUAAGCAUUAAGUUGUUAAAUCUAUUAAAGAUGUUUUAAAUCAAAUAUUGUUUCUAAGAAUCUAACAUGUUACGAUCAGUGUAGUCACCACUCGACGGUAAUCGAUCAGUGGCAACUCAACCUACGUCCGAAACCUCACGAUCUACAAUGAGUUUAUAAUACUUGAACAAAAAUUAUAUUUUCAACCGUAAAACCAUACAAAUUCAUAUUAUUUCUUUUACUUCUGCUCUCUGGUUUCUUACGUACAGUUCUUUUAUUCAAAUAUAUAGUGCUGCUUUUUUGAUGUUUCCUAUUAACUUAUAAUGACGCACUAUAAUAACAUGAUCAAUUUGCUAUAAAAAAUUAAUACAAAUAAAUAUCUAUACAAAAAAAGUAAAAUUCUAUUAUAAGUACUUAAUUUUAAUAAAAAAAAACAAACGCACUAAAAAUAUGAAUUAAGUAUUAAUGUUCAAUUUAUUUAUUCAUUUUAAUAACUUUAAAUUAAAGUAAUUAAGUACAACAAUAAAAAAAAAAAAAAAAAACAAAAACCAAAAUUGUAUUUUAUUAUUUUAUUUAAUAUUAGCUCACCACCCAGCAAUGCAUUGCUAUUGCUAGAUAAUAGUGUAAAUAAUAAUAACAAUAAUAAUUUUCUUGUUAGUGACAACCAAAUUGCCAUCCGUGUCACCAAGCUACCUCAUGAAUAAACAAAAAUAAAUAAAUAAACAAUUAGAUAUUUAUACCAAAAAUACCUAAAAACCUAACUAUUGAAAUUUCCGUAGGAAUCUCCAAUUUUUUUCAAAAUAAAAUACAGCAUAUCAUGUUACUCACUAUUAAUGUAGCUUUUUAUAGUGAAAAAAGUUUUAAAAUUGUUUAAGCAGUUUUCGAGCUUACCUAUUACAAAAACACCAAAAAAUCUGUUCUCUUUAUUAUUAUUAUAAUUAAAGAUUAAAUAGCGUCCGUAUUGAUUUUGUUAUAAAACUUAUACUCAAAACAAAAUACAACAGAAAGUUGUUAAAGUAAUUUUUUUUUUAAUAAAUUGUAUAUUAUUGUCAUUUAUUUAGAUUAUGACAAAUUACAACGUAAGUACUUUAAUUACAAUAGACAUAAUUUUGUAUACUUAGUUAUUGUAUAGGUAUAUUUUUGAAAAGCUUCAUGAAAAUGUAAUAUAUUUUUAAACAAUAGUAUCAUUGUUGUUCUAUUGAUUUUACUCAUCCAGUUAAAAAACUAAAAUAUUAUGAUCUAAAUUAAUAUUAAAUGUUUAUUUCAAAGAGAAUAUGAGUUUUUUGUGUAUGAUUAUUAAUUUUUGUUUUUUUUGUUUUUAGUUCAUACACAAAAAUAUGCAUUAUUUCUUUAUAGUGAUAUGGCAGUAGGUAAGUUUUUGUGUUAUCAUUGAUCACAAAAUUUCCAAUUUAUAAUUUAUCAAUAUUCUAUGAUUUUAGAUAGGUGUUGUUCUUACCUGGGUCAUAAAUUUGCAAAUAUUUUAAAAACUAUAUUUCCUUUCACCUUUCUUGGGAAAAUGUCUGUGAAACUAACAUUUUACAGGUCAUGAAUUUGUGACACUUAAAAUUCUAAAUUAACUAUUUAAGAGCGUUUUUUUUUAAUACCUGUUAGAAAAUGUUAAACAAAAUGACUCUCAGAUGCUUAACCACUUCAAUAAUUUAGUAUUUUAUUUAGUAUACUCUCCCUCCUCCUAAUAAUACUCCAAUAUUAAUAACUAGGAAAAACUGAAAGAAACCGUAAAAUAAAAACUAAUACAUUUACGGCGUUAUGAUUUCAUUAUUUAAAAUUGUUUUGCUAUCCAUAUUAUACCAGAAAUAUUGAUCCAAUAUAAAAAUAAAAAACAAAAAGAUAUCCCUAUUGUUGAAUUUUCAAUCUGGUCGGUGACCAAGAAAAUGGUUUUUUUGAUUUUUUCUGUAGGUUUUUAAAUAAUUGAGCAAACCCGAAAAAUACAUAGAAAGAACUGGAAAAUGUACGAAAAUAAUUAUUUUAGAAUUUUAAAUUUGGUUUUUUAAUGAAUUUCAGUUAAAAAAUUCGUAGAGACUUGAAAUUAAGAUAGAAAACUUAUUUAUAGACAUUUUAAUUUUUUAAGUUUUUUACGUAAUGUUUAUUUGUAAAGUACUCUAUGAAUAAAAUGUUUAGACUCAAGAAAAAUGCUUGACAUUUUUACAAAAGAUUCAUUUUAAGUCGUAUGUUGAGGUCAAAAAAAAAUUUAAUGUAAUGUAGUAUUUUUUAUUUUUAUAAGAAUUUUAAAAUCAAGUUUUGACGAUUUUCGUAAUUAUUACGGUCUUUUAAAACAUGUAAAAUCGAACUUCGCUCAGAAUCGUUUUUUAUUGGCAAAUAUUAAUUGUAGGUAACAGGUAUGAAUUAAAUAACUAUGUAUUCCAUCUUCCUACAUACUCAUCUACAAUAUAGUAGCCACAUCCAUCCUUAAUAUUAGCUUUUUUUUUCUUUGUUUGUAGGAUAUAAGGAUUUUUUAGUAUCUCUGAACGAAGAUUGCAAACACAAUAUCAGUGCGUAAAAAUAUAUUGAAAUUUUUCAGUUUGUUUGUAUUAUAACUAUAUUAAUUUUCAAUAAAUAUAUUUAUAUAUAUGUAAAAUUAUACUUUUAUAUAGGAGCAAAAGGAUAUCCGAAAACUUUAGAUGAUCCCAUUUUCGAAACGUAUCAAAGUAAGAUUUAAAAAGGAAUUUUGUAACAUAUGGCAGUAAUGGCAUUUAUGAUAUGCUUAGUCCAUUCUAUGUAGUGUCUAAAAAAUUACAAUCGAUUAAUAUUAAUCUACAUUAUGCUUGUGUGUGUUUGCAAUCAGCUAUUUAAACAUUGAAAAUUUGAGAGACAUAUGAUUCUUUGGUUACUUCUGCAACAAAUUUAUGUAAUAGUUAAGGAAUAUCAGUGAAUAAAAUUCAACAUGCUGAAUAUUUUUCAAAACAUUUUUUUGGUAAUUUAGAUGAAGAUAAAAGACAAUAACCAAAGAAAACCUUAGAGUAAAAAUAUUUUUGAUAGUAAUUAAUACAGCUUUAGUUCAACUGAAAGAUCGUUGUAUAGGUUUAAAAAACUACUUGAUAAAUUUAACUUUUUACACCAACAAGUAAUUUUAAAAUCUAAUGAAGAAAACCUUAUUAAAGUUCCUUAUGACUUCAUUUUGUUUUAUGAGAAAAAUAUUAAUUCAGAUUUUACAAGACAAAUAAUAUCUUUAAAAGAUAUUUUAAAUGAUUCACUUCCAACUAUGAAAACUAUAAAAGGUCUGUCAAAUUGUCUCUUAGAAAAUGAUAUGGUAUCAUUAUUCAAAGAUGUUUUAAGUGCAUGUAUUAUUUUUAUAUCAUUGCCAAUCACUGUUUCAUCAGCAAAAGAUUAAAAAUUUUUAACGUUUUAUAAAUUUUAUUUUAAUAAUUAAAAAUGAUAUUAUAAUUUAUAAGUUACUUGUCAAAUAUUUUAUUAUUUAGUUUUCUAUAAAAGUAAUUUUACUAAUUUGUAACAAAACAAUAUAACAGUAUUAAACAUUAUUCAUAAUAAUAAUAUGUAUUAACUAAUAUUAAUUAUAUGAUAUUCCAUUUUUUGUUAAGUUUUAACACCAAAAACUGGGUUUUGGUUUUAUCUUAGUACUUGGGUUAUAGUCUACCCGACUUUUUUUAACAAAUAAUUAAGUGAGUGUUAAUGAAUUUCAAAGUUAUUUAGGUAAACAUGAUUUUGAUGUGACCAAUUCAUGGAACAUAGUAAUCUUUUUAAUAAGUAUCAUUAUCAAUGAAAAAUGGAAAUAUUAAUAUGGUUUUUUGAAUGAAAAUUUAAUGAUAUAAAUUUGAAACACAAGGGUAUAUGAACUAGUACAGCUAUGGUAGUCCAUCCCUAUGGGCUAUAUAUGGGAUUAAUAGUGUAAAAAAGACUACUAUCUAUAGUUAUUAUUAAAAGGAGCUCCAUAAAAAUGUUCGCACCUGGGCCCCUCAAAACAAUGUUGUGGCACUGGCGUUAUGUUCAAAAUAUGGGGAAAAAAAAUUAUUCUAUUUAAUCAACCCCAAUUGUGGACAUAUGUGACGACCAAGCAAUUUGGGCUAAAGAAAAAAAAUCACAAUUGCAUAGAAAUUCUAGACUUAAUUAUUAGGAUUCAGGAUUCACUGUAUAUGGAAACAUAGUUGAAUCCUGGUUCUAGACUAUUCUACAAUAAAACCGUCGCGGCGCAGCGAUGUUGGACGGAAUUUGAUAGUAAUUUGAUAAUAUACUCGAACACUCACUAUUGAUAUUUGAUUAGCAUUAAUAUAUUAUAAAACAAAAAUGAAAAAAUUUNUGCAUAGAAAUUCUAGACUUAAUUAUUAGGAUUCAGGAUUCACUGUAUAUGGAAACAUAGUUGAAUCCUGGUUCUAGAAUAUUCUACAAUAAAAUCGUCGCGGCGCAGCGAGGUUGGAUGGAAAUUAAUAGUAAUUUGAUAAUAUACUCGAACACUCACUAAUGAUAUUUGAUUAGUAUUAAUAUAUUAUAAAACAAAAAUGAAAAAAUUUCCAAGGGGAGUAAGGGUCAAAAUACCUAGACCCUCUUGCAUACGACUUAAAUUAUUUUUUUUAUACAAACUCAUAUUUUUUUCUAUUCUAGAGUGUGUAGAUGAUAAUAAGUCAUUUGGAUUCUGGCGUAAGUAGUGGGCAUAGGCCUAUAAAGUAAAAUUUAUAUUUAAUUAAAAUUUUAGAUCUAGGUA